AUGGAUGAAUCAUCUACUUCAAAUGAAAGACUGAAAAUUUCUAGAAACAAAGAGGGAAAAGUUGAGGUUAAGAGACUUUUAAAGAAAAAUGUUGAAAAUAAUCCAACUGCUUUUAAAAUCUUCAAUUCUGGAAUUAAUAAAAGAUGUAUUGGAGCAACUGACUUAAAUGCUGAAUCUUCACGAUUUCACAUAAUUUUUUCCCUCUAUUUAACUCAAAUUAAAUAA